AUGGUUUCGAGAGGCUUCUGGAACAUCUGUAAACAGGCGAAGUGGUAUCAGAUCCACCAAACACGCGGACGAAUCGAUUCUCCUGGUGAUGCAUCAAUCUUUGCGAAUGCUACAAAGUGGCAAAAUGACACGACACCAGAGACUGAAGGGGUAGUGAUCCCGUAUCCUCUUCCCCUCCAGCAGCAUCUCAAUUUUGUUUAUACACUCGAUCUCGACUCGGCACACUUGACUGUUGCAUUCUGGCACCGUGAUGAGGAGGACGAUAACCCAAUAUUAACCUUGACCAUGAGACGAGUCAACCUUGAUGCCAUCAAAGGGCAUCAGAUCUGA